AUGGAUUCAACCGAGUCAACUGGACACUAUGGUGAACAUAAAUGUAAUGCUAGUCAUAUAUGUACAAAAUUUUGUCAAAUAUGUGAAAAGCAUGGCUUUUCAGAUAAUAGAUGUCGUUUUGCAUAUGAACACAAAGAACCAGAUUAUCAUCAAUGUGAACGCAUUCAUCAAUGUCAAGCAACAUGUAUUUGCAACGAUCCAUGUGUCAUACCAGUAGAACUCACAUCACAUAAUGUUCAUCAAUGUAAUAAGAAAGAUUGUUGGAAGCCAUGUAUAUUUUCAUGUGGUAACUCAUGUGCAACUCAAGAUCAUAAUCAAGAUAUGACAACAGGAUUAGUUAUGAUAACAAUUGAUGAUAAAACUCAUCAAGUAAAAAAACAUUUAUGUAAUCAUCUUCAUUACUGCAAAGGCAAAUAUGACGCACCAGGUGUUUGUAAACAAGAUUAUAGAAUACAACAAAGAAAAUGGACAACAGAAUCUGGUGAAGAAUUCAUCUACGAUCAUAUUGAAGUAGAAGAAAUUCGAGAUCAAUGUGGAAUCCUAAUUCCAGCAGGAAAAUCUUCUCAUGGUGAUACUACACAUCAUUUAUGUGAUGGACAACAUACUUGUCAAGAAAGAUGUCCUGAUUGUGGUUCAUUUUGCAGAAAUUCUCAAGGUCAUGAUGGACUUCAUAGAACACUUCAUCGAAAUAAAGAGCUACACAUAUUUACAAGUACAAAUUCAACUGAUCAAAUUGAAAUACGUUCAACUGAACUAGAAGAAACUUCUGUUAGAAAAUAUAAAGUUGAAGAAUCAGCAAAACCAGAAAACUGUAGUGUAUCUUGCAAACGUCGUGGUCGAUCACAUUUUCAUUUAAUUGAAUGUCCUGGUGACUCGGCAUGCUUGGAAAAUACAAAAAAAUAUGAUAAAAUUUUAUGUUCUACAUAUUGGUCACACCAUAAAUGGUUUCCACCUGUUAGUGAUGUUGAUAGAAAGUUAAUUGAUUUAUGUAACACAUACUGUGCAAAGCAUGUUGUACGAGACAAAAGUGAUUUGAUUGCUAAAGAUUCUCGUAAAGCCUUUUAUACAUUAGACGCUUGGCGUACUGGUAAUCAUGCAUUUGAAUGUCAAAAUGAUCAUCAUGCAUUAGAAAUGUAUCAAGGUAUUGAUAUAUGUUUUGUUAUUGACACAACUUCAUCGAUGGCACCGUACUUUAAAAGAGUGAAAGACACUAUUACACGUAUUACUCAAGAUUGCUGUGCCCUACUGAAACAAAUUAAAUCAGGAUCCGAUUUUCGAUUUGCUGUUGUGGAUUAUCGAGAUCAUAUUCCAGAAGCUGAUUAUAUUUGCUUUAAAUGCGAUUUUACAAAUCAUAUAGAAGCUAAUACUUAUGUGAUGAAAUUAGCAAGUGGUUCUGGAGGUGAUCCUCCAGAAGCCGUACUCGAUGGUCUUGAUGCAGCAUGUGAAUUAAAUUGGUGUGAUAACGCUGAUCGUUUGUUGUUCCAUGUUUUGGAUGCUCCGCCACAUGGUAGAAUAUAUCAUACAUUCUCAAAUGACAAAUGGCCCGAUGGUUGUCCAUGUGGGAAAACUGCUCAAAAUGUAUUAUCAAAGAUGAAAAAUAAAAACAUCUUCUAUCAUAUAUUGCACUGUUCAAAUUAUGUGCAUAUGAUGAUCAGUGAAUUUAAAAAUCACAUUGAUGUGAAAACUUUAACAUUCGAUGAUAGAAUUAUGUUUGCAGAUGUUAUUGCUACACAAGUUCAUCGACACUUACUUGAUACUGAAGUGACAUUGAAAAAAA